GAAUCCAACGGCGCUGCCGUAUCUCGCGCAACCCGGACCAACCUAGGGAUUAUUGCCUGGACUGGCCCAGCAGGGGUUUCCCGAUGGUGCGCCGACAGGAAUGACGAGGUCCAGCCAUUUAAAAAGGGGGGAGGGGAGGGGAGGGGGGCGGCGCAACAGCAAUAAUAAUCAUCCGUAGGGUCGCCGGUGAUGGACGAUGAAACGAAGGAGAAGGCAGAGCUGGGCAGGAAGGUCAAUACGAGGGCGACUCACCGAGCAGUGGUGGUCGUCCAAUGCAACGCCAGUAAGACCUCUGAGGGUACACGUAUGGGAUGUGUCGGUACCUGAUGAAGCGACCCAAGACCAAAGAACAAGACAGAAUGAACCGGCGCGAUCAACUCGGCGUAAUAAUGAUCAGGAAGAACGAACGGACCAGGCCUGGGGAUCGCCUCGCGGACCCGUGAUGCCGUUCUGCCAGGCGGUCGGUAUCCUUGGCCUCUUCUCUCUCUCCCAUCCUCCCAUCCCCGACUUCCCGUCCAU